GCAGCAAAGCUGAACCCCUCUCUUUCAGGUCUUUCCUUGAGCACCGUAAGAUGGGAGCGGGUGGCCGGAUGAACGAUGCUACCACCGACAAAAAUGUUCUAAAACGUGUUCCCGUCAAAAAACCUCCAUUCGAGAUUAGUGAUCUCAAGAAAGCAAUACCACAACACUGUUUCAAACGAGAUCUCUCACGAUCUUUGUACUACCUUUUCGGCGACAUCGCCAUUUGCUUUACCUUUUACCAACUCGCAUCAAAUUACAUUCCUCUUCUACCUAAACCCCUUGCCUACGUAGCAUGGCCAAUUUAUUGGUUCUGCCAAGGUAGUAGUUUUAUGGGUAUAUGGAGCAUAGGUCACGAUUUGGGCCACCAUAGCUUCAGCGAUUAUCAGUGGCUUGAUGAUGCAAUUGGUUUCGUAGUCCACUCCUCUUUCCUCACUCCAUAYUUUUCUUUCAAAUAYAGUCAYCGUAGCCACCAUGCWCACACCAAYUCAAUGGAAUACGAUGAGGUAUGGAUCCCCAAAAGRAAGGCYGAUACCUUBUAYUCUGAAAUUCUCAACAACCCACUYGGCAACUUGUUCAUGACUUUCGUUAGGUUACUUCUCAGCUUCCCCAUGUACUUCACCUUCAAUAUUCAUGGAAGGCCAUACGAUGGGUUUGUAAGUCACUUUUACCCACAAAGUCCGUUGUUCAAUGACAGUGAGCGCAAACUAGUAUGGCUCUCUAAUGCUGGAAUGCUUGUAGCUAUCUACGCACUUUACCAGAUUGCAGCAACCACAGGUGCAACAUGGUUGUUUUGCAUCUAUGGCGCACCUUUAUUGGUGAUGAAUGCUCAUUUCAUCUUCUUCACGUUUCUGCAUCAUAGUCAUCCUUCUCUUGCUCACUUCGAUUCAAGAGAAUGGGAUUGGCUAAGAGGUGCUAUGUCGACAGUUGAUAGAGACUACGGAAUCUUGAACCAUGUCUUUCAUGAUGUAACUUGUGCUCAUGUUCUCCACCAUUUGAUAUCAACUAUUCCACAUUAUCAUACCGUAGAGGCGACAAAGGCUGUCAAGCCCAUCUUAGGUGACUACUACAAAUAUGAUGAUACCCCUAUCCUAAAGGCUUUCUGGAGAGAAACAAAGGACUGCAUUUAUGUCGAACCGGAUGAAGGUGCAGAACAAAGUGGUGUUUACUGGUUCCGUAAAUAGACUUGAUAACUAAGAAUGUUUUCUAUUUUUCCAAGAAGUCACAAUAUAUAAAUGUUGUGCCAAGACUUGCAGUCCUACCUUCUUAUGUAUGUGUUUGAUGUCUUAUCCCCUAUUUAGUACUGAUGUAUGGUGAUGUGGAUUUCUUCUACAACCUGUUUCAUUAUACUUCUAUUCUACUUGUACUGGUUGGUUUAACGCCAUAUCUAUCAUAAUCACCCUUGAUCCA